AUGGCGCGUCAUAUUCAAUACGAAGACCUGGUGGUCUUCGUCGCUGACGCUGUCUCUGGCGACAUUGUGGCGUCGCGACCGGUUAGAUAUACCGUCCCCAUCAACAUUUGCCUUGCUCGUCGCUCCCGCGGGCUCAAGAUCACCGCAUACGAUGCAUUGCUCUCAGAGACGACAGACUUUGUCUACAAGGCGUUGCGCUCUCAGGGCCUCGACCCGCCUUCCGACGCUGUGCUGGUCCGCUACGACAGACUCUCGUCCAUUACGAGAGACGCAGUGCUUCGAACCGCUCUACAUGUAAUGUGGGCCGCCACUGGCCAAGCGGCGUUCUUCCUUUGCUCGCACAAGGACCUUGCUGAUCUUCAGAACCGCCAGCGACCGCCUUUGGGGGAAUUGACAGUCCAAGAUAUUCCGACGCAGACCAAGCCAGACGACCCAGCCACAGGCCCCACCAGUGCUGCUGGAGUAUCUAGCUUGUGCACCGCCGAGCAAACCACUGACCUUGCCGCAUUAUCGGGCGAGGAUUCCAGCGCAUCCACCACUAGCCAGACGUCUAACGCUGCCUCCGAGCAAGUGACUUCUACAAGCAUCGCCCAUUCGCCGGACGCCACCGAUAGCGACGAAGAAGCGCCGUCUCUACACUUGGCCAGAUGCAACAUUCUAUAA